GUUGCCUCAUGCGCGUUCGUGCUCAAGUGAAUACCCAGCUUUAGAUUUUUAAAAUAUACGCUGUUUUUCACUAGUUUUUUUACGGACUACCCCCAACACACGCCUCUGUAUUAACUGAUAAAACACAAAAUUGGCUAAUUUCAGAAUAGCAAACGGCCAGCAGUAUUCUUCAUUUCUCCUAACCUACAAAUUUAAACUGUCAAAAUGUUGUUUUGAAAAGUUAUUUUUGUUGCUACAAAAACAUUUACAGCAAAAUUUGUUAGAAUUGUCAUAAUUAUAAGAUGUUUGAAAGUGGAACAAGUUUUGGUGAUGAUGAUUUAGAACUGGAGACAUCAUUUACACCAAUCUUUAGUAGUACACAAAAUAAAUUAAAUGAAAAACGUAAAAAUGAAGUCUUUGCAGAAAAAAAUUCUAAGAAAGUUAAAACACACCACAACACAGCAGCUUCAUUUAUUAAAAAUCCAGCAUUGGCAAAGGCAACCAAAGAGAAUUCAUUUUCACCUAAUAAAGUUGUAAAAAGAAUGUUUCCUGGUCCAGCUGGACUUUUACCUGACGAUAUAGGGAAGAAAACCAUGAUAACCUCUCGUAGUUCAAAUGAUGAUUCCGAGGAAUUUUUCUUCUGUUCUCAAAGAUCAGUAUCAACUUUUACAGAGGGCCCAUGGAAACUAAUGACAGAAGAUUUUUCUAGCUGCAACGAUGAGCAGCUUUAUAAUAAGUUUACUAUUAGUUGGAUAAAGAAAAAGUAUUGCCAGAAACGAGUUUUAGACAAUUAUAAAGCUCCAUUUUUAGCUGCUAUUAUUCAAAAUUUAGAAAUUGUUGAUGGUAAAAAUCCAUCAGUACACAUAACUUUAAAAGAUACUACAGGUACCAUCGAUGGUGUAAUUAUUCACAGAUUCUAUAAAGACCACUCAAAAUACUUCACCACAGGCUCAGUUGUGGUUCUAAAACAGUUUGGUGUUUUAAACUCAAAUGAGAGACACUGUAUUACCAUAACUUCAAAAAAUGUGCUUGUUAUUUACCAUAUACGAGAUCCAAAUAAAGAAGAUGCUGAUAAUACAGAGAUAAAAGAACCUUUUGAAAAAGUUGUCUUGCAGCAUUAUAAUAUUGAAGAUAUUUGGAAAGAAGCAAAUUCAAAUGUCGCCAAAGUAUCAAAAAAUAAUAAAAACCUUUUAAAAAACAUAAAUAACACACCUUAUGGUAAGAAUAAAAGUAGUUCUCACAAUAUUUCGAGAGGUAUAAAUAUUUCUCCUCAAAACAAUGCCUCUCUAUCAAAUAUGAGGCAUAAUAUUCAGCAGUCCAGCUGUAGCAAUUUUUUGUUGCCAAAUAUUAAUCACAUAUCUACACAUAACCAAAAUAGGAAUAAUAUGCCAGAAAAUUUCAGUUUGGAGAAAGGCAUAGCUCAACACGAAUCUAAGAAAAAGUUUGAUUUUAAAAAAGUUGGCACUGAUGUAAGCCCAACGAAACCGACUAAUGCUGAAAAUGUAGUGAUAAGUUGUAGUGAGAUGUCUGUUACAGCCGAUAAAAAGGAUAGUGAAAUAUGGAAGUCUGUAUUGGAAGAUGUUGAUUCUGAGUCGCUGUUUGGUGAUUUUUAACUUUUUGUUUAAUUAUUAUGUAAAUAUUUGUACGGAGGCAAAUUUAUAUACAUUGUUUAGUUUUA